GAGGUAUUAGCGAGGAGUCGGUCCAAGACAACUUGGAAAUCUCACCUCACCACCUCACGUAUCCGCACUUCACGGGCGCCUGCCCACAUUCAACUCCCCCAUGCCUUUUAUUGCAUCUUUUGCAACUUCCAUGCUCGAGGACGCUGGAACUUCCUUCCUCGACGUGGUGCAUGUGGCCGUCCUUCGCCUGGAAUCCGCAUGGUAAUUAUUAGUGAAGAAGCCAAGACUCAGGUCCAGUAUCCGUACCUACCUUACCUUCCCUGUGUCGUCGUCAAGCUCCGCACCCGCAGACCCGCGCGUCGACUGCACUGCUCUGCACCUUACCUGCGUGCCUGCCUACCUUACCUUACCUUGCCGCUCCGCACCUUCCAAUACAAUACCACUGCGCCACUUCGCACAAUUAUCACGGGUGCCGCGUCCUUCUCUCAAAUCGACUUGCCAACUGUCAAAAAUACAAGAACCGCACUUUCCGCUCACGAGUGGUUGCGGACAUUUUUAGCAGCUUCGACUGUAGUCUGCUCUGUAACUCUUCGAGGUAUUUCAAUUUCUGGUCUGGCUGCUGAUACCCAUACCUCCUUCCUCCUCCAACUACAUCCCACCGGAGAGGCAGCUCACGCCUCCUACCUUGCUUGA